UAGUUUAUUAUACUAGACAGUAUUAUUACCCAUUAAUAAUAAAAUUAAUUCGAUACCUGUAAAUAAAAUAUUAUUUCGAAUUGAUUAAUUUUCCCAAUUAUGUCAGUAAUUAGUCGCCAGUCACCCCCAAGGUUCAUUAACCUUGGCGAAAACGUAUACAGGGUUCGCAGAUUUAAUGGUAGCUAUCAAAACGUAUUUAUGCCCAUUACUUACGACUCUCUCGAAGACAAAUUGAUAGAGGCUAGAUGCCGAUGGGGACCUACCAUGCCUAUGGACUUGCAAGACCAUUUUAUGUUCGCUCAACAGCAUUUCUACGUGAGCAGAUACAUUUCACUAUCUAGGCACGAUGGUCUCCAUAUCUGUCAUGCAUUCAUCAAUGGCUGGUGGGUCAUAGGGGACGGAAUAGCACAUAGUAUUGUGCGAGAAGUUCUACAAGAAGAACCGAGAGUCAGAAAUUUGUGGGAUAACUCACGAGUUUCAGGUACAAAUAUUUCUGCUAAAAGGCUGCUAUUCAAUAUUCGUCGUCAUAAAAUCAAAAUACCCCCUAGAAUCAUUAUUUCCAUGGGAAGCCACGAUAUGCUGAAAGAAACUUUCAACAAAGCUUGCAGCAAUACGACGGAGCUGUUUGCUCAUUUACUGAAUCAUGGCGCAGAGGAAAUUUUGAUUUUGCCAAAUAUUCGUUCCCCUUUGUUACCUGAUCAGACAUUACGUAAUAAAUAUCGAAAAUUCCUCCAAAAUACUCUCCCUAAGAUGGAUACGGAAAUCAUUGAUUUUGCAUGGAAUUGUGAAGAAGUUAUCGAUAGAGCCGAUCCAUUCUAUAAGGAUGGUGUUGGCAAUUAUUAUUGCAACCCUAACAUUCAUGCUGAACUAGCAUUUCGAAUCAUUAAAUUUACUCAAAAUUGGGAACCGUAUUGGAGAUUGAAUGUCUAAAUUCAACCGAUAUUUACGUAAAUGUCUGCUAAAUGCGUUAAUACUCUGUACAUAUUGUAAAUUUAUUAAUUUGCAUUUCGAAUGGCGUACUAAUUACAUACUUUGUACAUAUCAUAUUCGUUUAUUUGAAUAAGAAAAGGCAUUUUAUUUGGUAUACCUAUUUGUUUUGCGACUAUACCUAUUUGACCGGAGACAGUUUAAUUUCGUCAAUUUGAAAAAAUCUGCUCGCAAAUAGCUGACGCAAAUGCGAUAACAUCGAUAGGCAGAAGAGAAAGAGAGGAGGUGGUGUUUUCGGUAACGUUUCUAGAACACAAAGGAUCAUUCCUUAUCUUUUUCUUGGAACCGGUCGCCGAGCCGAUGCUCAGCUUAUUGCGACAUUCAACGCCAUUAGUAUUCUGUCUUUGUUCAAGUGAUGUUACUUUCUAACCAUCUCGGUAUAGUUGUGAAUUUUUCUAUCUGUUUUUGCGACUUUUUAUUAUAAUUUGUUAUUCUACGUUAAAGGUAAAGUUCAGUUGUUCUCAACUGUGUUAUAAUUAGUUCGCAAAGGUAUAUUUUUAUUAAUUUGAAUAUUUUUUACCCCAAACAGUGUGUGGUGCGACGCCAUCUUUGCAUGGAUUUGUUAUUCGACGAUAUUUAUUUGGAGUUAAUUCAACAUUAAUUGUUGGAAGAAGAUUUCCUAUUAUUAUUUUCGUUACCGAAGAAGUAUUUUAUUUGCGGUGUUAAUCGUCGUCCUGCCAUCAUUUCGGUGAUUUACGUUACUUUCGGUUGGAGAAUUCAAAGAUCCACCUUCUCGGUCGGAUUGGCUGUGUUUCCAGUUCUUUGGAGAUAUUUUGUAAUUGUACGGAGACGUGUGUUGGAACGUUGAUUUUGUCAUCUCAAUCUACUCCUUGGAAUUCACGAAAGGUAGAUUUAAUUCUAGAAUUAGUUUUAUCAUUAGUCUACAAACCAUUUAUUCGGUAUUUCCGUAAAUAUAGUAAUGGACAUAUACCGAUAUGUACGAUGGGAUGGAUCCCAGUAUUCAUAUAACAUACGCAUGCUCGAAAAUCCAAACCAUCCCAUCAAUCGAAGUGGAAAUUCUGAUCGAAACAAUGAUGACCAUUCUCACGAAUUACCUGGCAUACCAUCGCAUUCUUAUUAUAUAAAUGAUGUUGAUGUUCGAUUAAUUGACGAACCUAUCGAUCGACGUUCUGAUUUUGAAGAUUUGUCCUAUUAUUUCGAUAACGUUGACCUAAACGACGCUGAUUUUGGUGUUAUUUCCAGUAUGCAUCCCUACCGUGCACCAUCUUGUCAAUGGUGCGGUGAAGCGUUCGAGGAGCAUCAGGAGGUGGUCAGGAAUGAGACAUGCUCUCAUUGUUACCACCGAAUGUGCGUCCGAGAUAUGACUGAGCGUAGGACUCCUCAGGGAAAUAGAGUCGUUAUGCAGGCACGAUGUCAAAACAGAAACUGUGGAGCAAACGUCGUGAGGCAACGCUACCAUUCGUUAAAUUUUCGAUAUGAGGUCCCACGUAACGUUUGUACGAUCGCUCGCCACCGUCAACAGAUUACUACGCUUGAAGCUUCAGUAACGCAAUCCCAAGUAAAUAACGGGAUUUUACGCGAACGUAACACGACCCUCCAGCGCGAAGUUGAUGAUUUACGAAGCCAACUUCGCAAUCAAGAUCCGAAUCCGGUCGACGAAAUGCGCGCCAUACAAGCCGCUAUGGCAGCUGAUAAUCCGCCGAUAAAUCUCCAGCGACAAGCUGCGAUCAACGAAGCUAACGAAAUGAUGGACGAGGUAGAGCGUUUAAUUGAAGCAGACAUUCCCGUAAAUAACCCUGCAGCCGCCGAAAGAAUCGUUGAUGACGUAAUACUCAUCAACGAGGAAGGUUUCGAACUCGAACGUAUCGAUACCGAAGAAUCCGACGGAGGCGAACAAGGUGACAUUGAACCACCUCGUGCAAUGUUAAUCCCAACCGACGGCAACAACGAAUUACAGCCACCGGUGAUACCAGCCUCGGCUGCAAUCAACGAAGCUGCCGCCGAUCACGCUCCAGUCGUUGCUGAUAACGCUCCAGUCGUCGCUGACAACGAUGCCGUAGCACCAGUCGCCGCUAACGAUUCCGAACCUGCCGACAAUAAUGUAAAUUUACCAGUCGAUGCUAACAACGAAAUAGCUGCGGACAACGAGUCGGAUCUCAACAAUUAUGAUAUUCCAGCUCGCUCAGCUGACAAUCGACAACCGCCAGCGCCCGUCCCAAAUCCGAUCGCCGUAGCUGUCGGGCUAAUUCCCCGUCAACAUCCGAGGGACCCAAGACCGCCGCCACGUGUAUCAUUACCUCUGGGUUUUCACGAUUUGCGUCCGGAUUAUUACCAUCAACGCGACGACUUUGUAAACGCAGUAUUACGCGAACGAGCUAUAGCCGAAGCACGAUAUCUACCUCAGGCUGCUGAACACAACGUCGUACGUAAUGCUGAACCACCGCAAGGUGCGGCUCAGCUGAUGGACGAUGAAGACGCGCCUGGUGAGGAUAUCCGCGAUGAAAGAGAGAUCCGGUUAUACGAUGGAGGCGAAGAUGGUCAUCAAAUGCAAAGAGGAGUCUUUCCGAACCGCCGUACUAACAUCAUGGCGAAUUUGCAUCGUGCCGGAUACCAACCGCACGGCCGAAUUGAUCGAAAUCUUCGCUAUGAAUUUAUUCAUCAGUCGAAUCAGAUGUACUCCGCUCUCUUCACCUCCUGGUCACCUGACAACCGUCAGCCCAUCACCAGUAUCUUUUUUAACGGAUACUGGGUCAUCGGCGAUGGGCUGGCGCACGGUGUCGCCAGGGAGCCCUUACGUCGGAAUGCGGUACUGAAGAAUCGUUGGGACCGGUCGAGGGUAGCAGGGAGUUUUUUGUCGGCGAGAAGACUCAUUCAUAAUAUUGAAAAUCAUAUCCUGAAUGUGCCUCCCUUCAUCCUCCUCAGCAUGGGCGUACACGAUCUUGCGAUGGAAACUGAGCUCAACGCUCGAUUAAAUACUCAGGCACUAAUCGAAUUCCUGCUGCGUCAAAACGUUCGCCAAAUAUUGAUACUUCCGCUAAUAAUUGCGCCGCGACGUCCGGAUGCUGAGGUGCGAACAGAGUACCGUGAUUGGAUGAGACGCGUUCUACCGGCAUUGGACCGAGAGCGUGUUCAAUACUUGGACUUUAUUGAGCCGAUUGUGGACCGGGUCCAGCCUUAUCAUGAGGACAUGCCCGGUAUAAUUUAUGCCCAUCCCUUCGUCCAUUACGACGUGAUGAUGGCAUUAAUCCACCUGUUCGACCCUGACGACGAUUAAACCGACAUUUACGUAAGUUUCACCUGUAUAUAGAUUAGUUUACUCGUUUUUCGCUCAAAGUGAGCUAUUUUUAUUUGUUUAAUUUGUUCAAGCAUGUUUAUGCUUAUACUUUUUGUAUUAUUAGUUUAAUUGUUUUUUAAAGGGGAAAUCGGUAUAAUUAGGCCGAAAAACUAUUCGAUAUUAUUUUCAUUACGAGCCUCGCUGAAAUUCGAUUUCAACAAGGUCCACCCUUCGUGGCUUGUUACCCACUUUUUCAUUACGAUUUCCCCAAUGAAAACUAAUUUUGUGAUUUAUUUUGUGAGUAUUAUCAUCAUUGUUUAUUUGUUUUUUGGCGUUUUUGCCAGUAUUUUUAUGUUUAUUAUUUUAAUUGUUCCCAUUGUUUAUUAGUUUUCUAAUGUUUUCUCAUUAUUAUAUACUCGAUUAUUUAUUAAGGAAAAAUGGGUACGUGUUUUCUCUAUGAGAUGUACAUUUACGUUAAAAAGCUGAUUGUUGAUUUACGUUUAGAAUUAGCUGAUAUUUUGCUAUUAUUUUUACCAUCUACGUAUACCUUAAUUAUUUUAUCCCAGUAGUUAUUUACGCAAUCGUGUUAUUCGUUAUUUUUAUUGUUUGUUUUUUGCGUUCUCGCAUAAUUUAAUGCGAAUAGAAUAAAUUUUGGUUUGAAGAAGUA